AUGAUCUCGAGAUGGGUUAUUUCACUUUAUAUAAUUUUGAAGAUCGUUCCUUCAUUAGUUUCUUCGCCUGUCGGUCUUGGUGACGAAGAACUCAAGCCACUUGUGAACAAUCCACAUUUUUCACAAAUGAGCCAGGAUUUCGAUUGCUUGAUUAUUGAAGAUGGUGAGGGUUCAACUUCUACGAUGACCAAGCAAGGUUCUAAAAAAAGAAUUUUAACUCAAAACUUAUGGAAGAAAAAAUCAAAGAAAUCAAAAACAGAAGUUGGAGCACAAUUACCUACUGGAAGUAAAAAGACAUGGUUAAUGUAUUGUCAAGUUGCUCAUACUGUUUUUUUUCAACAAGAAGAGAGUUCUCGUGGACCUCAGCUUAAAGAAUUUGUGAAUGAAGUCUUGAGAUUAGGACAUGAUUUUGAUAUGAAUUCGAAACAUAGUGAAGCUAUCACAAUUCAAAAACGAAGAGUUAUUAAUCUAGCCACUGAUUUAUUGGAUGGUGAAGGAUUGCAUACAGCGUCAAGGUUAUGGGUUAUUGGAAUACUUUCAUAUCUUGCACCUAAAGAUGAGGUAGACAACAAGAAAUUCGAUCCCACUGAUCUGGAUAGUCUUAUUCCUUCCCGGGCAGAAUUAGAGUCGGAUAUCUUUCAUGGUCCGCGACUUGCGAGCUUUAUUCAAAAGGUGUUGGUAUAUGGCAGCAGGGAUUCUAUAUCAGCCAAUGCAAUGUGGGAGGGAAUCGAAAGAGCAUCAACUCUGUUAUCAAUCAAAAAGUAUAUCAAAACGUAUACGACGAACCCCAAACUCGACUACUUAGCCCAUCUUAUCCCGUAUUUUAUCAAGCUAGGAACUCCUUUCGGAAAAGAAGAAGUCUCAACAAUCUUAGAACACCUAUUUCUGUAUAUCGAACAAUUGAUGGAUGGAAGUGGUACACACAUGCAAAAGAGGAUCAGCUUUCACCUACUUCUUCAUAUGGAACGACAUGAUGGUUUAAGCAGGGUGGAAAUCAGAAGCUUUGUUCAAAGAAAUGAAGCUUAUGCUGAAACAUUUCGUAGACUUUAUAUUGAUCUUUUGCAUAAAAAGGUUCCUGAACUCGAUACAGUGGUCUGGACUCUUAGUGCAAAGAAAGAAUUAAAAGUUCAACAAGUCUACGCCAUUCUGCAGAGCUUAUGCUCACCUAACCUUUUAUUGACUGAUAAAGGAAACUUAUUCAGAGUCUUGAAUUUAACAUGUGUCAUGUAUCCUAACGUAAGGGAAAUUGUGAAUAGAUACCUCAAUGAACACCACGAAAGUACAACACUUAUUUUUCAGAUGUUGAGGAUAUUCUAUACUAACUUGGAACCCAAAAAUGAAAAUCCAAAGGAUCUUAAAGAUGACAUUGAGGAAAAAGGAUUACAACUUGUUAUGCCACAAAUCAGGAAACUUCUAGAGGACCAACUAAUUUCAAAAGGAGUAAUUGAUGGUCACAUUGUGCAAGAUCUUUCCAAACUAACAAGAAUGGAUCUCAGAUCAAGGCAAAUCCCAUUAUCAAAUCUAAUUAUGCGUAUGUUUGGCCCUCUGAAACUGAUGGAAAAAGAUUCAGAUGAACUACCGACUUCAGAUCCAAAAGUUGAAUAUAUUUUACACCUCAUUACAAUUAAAAAUAAUGAUAAGAAUUUAAGUUUAUGUCUUUAUACUAAAGAUGAACCGGUUUUUCAAAACCUUUUAUCAACUGUUUGUCAAUCAAUAAAAAUUCAUACAUAUACACAAUUUGAUAAAUUUCUUCAAGAUCUUGAGCUGAAAAUCUCUAUACUUUUGACAAGUUUAACUUUAGGUUUUAAGAAUUGA